UCUAGAUGAAGAGGGAGGGGAGAAGCAUUAGCAGGCCAUGGAGAGAUUUGUCUAUCCCCCCUACAGUGUGUACCAGGAGUACAGCGGCACCUUCACAUCCAGCCACGGCGGGGGCUUGGCGGGCCCCAAACAGAAGCUGCCCAACUGGAAGCAAAGCAAAGGCAGCAGCCCUUUCCUGGGAGUCCCCACCACCCCCUCCCCAGAAGCCACUCCGGAGCCCGUUGACUACCUGGACAGCUACAAGCAGGUGCAGCUGUCCCAGGUGAGCCUGGGCCUCACCCCGCGGCUCUGCAAGGCCAACACCAAGAAGGUAGGGUUGCAGGUGAACCCAUGGGUGGAUGCUUUGGCUCGAUGGGGCCCCGAAACGCUGCAGGGCAGCUGCCCGCAGAGCCCUUUGGCCUGCUUCAGCCAGGCGGCCCCGGCCAUCUACUUGCCUGGGUUGGACUGGCAUCUCUUCACCCUGCCUGAGGUGGCCAGGCCUAAGGCGGAGCAGGAGGCGCUGCCCACGGCCCUGGAGAGGAAAGAGGGAGCCGACGGGGAGCAGGCGGCGCUGCAGCCGGAGGAAGACCCCAGUGAGAGGAGCCAGGGGGAGGCCACCGCCCCUGCUCAGCUGCUUAAUGGAAAUUUCCUAUGGCUGAUGGCAGCAAUGGGUUUUAUGGGAUUAGAAGGAGUGGGUCUGGUAGCAAUCUCAUUUUUGAACAUGGCUACCUCUCUGAUCUCCACUAGCAUGUUCUUGGAACAGAAGUAUGGCUAUUUUCAUUGUAAAGACUGCAAAACCAGAUUGGAAAGCGCCUGUGUGUGGUGCAUUUCUGGAAGUAACAAGGUUUACUUUAAACAACUCUGUUGCAAAUGCCAAAAGGGCUUCAAUCCUUAUUGAGUGGAAGAAAUCCAGUGCCAGACUUACUCAAAGACUUGUUACUCCUGCCCCCAGAAGAAAAGACACAUUGACCUCAAGAGACCCCACCUCCAAGAGCUGUGUGGUCGCUGCAAAGGCAAGAGAUUAUCCUGUGAUAGCACUUACAGGUUUAAGAUUGUUUGAUCUGUGGCCUACCUCUUAACUUGUAUCCCUUGUAUUUAGCACUUUGUCAGUCUUUGUUACUUGGCUUUGACUUUAGGCUUUUGUCCUAGCAUUGGAUACUGGAUUAAAGAUUUUUCUA